AAGAUAACAACAAAAGGCAAAAAGCCUCUGAGAAUGACCUCCAAAAGCCAAUACCCUCAACCAGAGGCCAACGACGCUUUCAUUCAUCAAUUCACAAAAAGAAAAAAAGACUUAAAAUUCCUAUAUCUGAUCUGUCGUUUUUCCUUUCCUGAGAUAAGGAUAAUAUACUCUUUCGGUUCCGCUGAAGUCUCGUCUUUAUUUUCCCUAUAAAUAUUGUUGUCCCCACAGACAAGAAGACUUCAGAGACUGAAACAAAGCUUGCUUCAGUUUAGUUCUGUUUCGUAAUGGAGAAGAAAUCAUCAAUUGUUUCUCGUCGUCAGCCUCAAUGGGUGCGAUCGAAUUGCAUUGGAAAAGGUUCAUUCGGUACGGUAAGCCUCGCCUCUGUAGUAUCUGAUGGUCGAGUGUUUGCAGUGAAGUCUGUGAACCUCAAUUCAUCUCUCACUUCCCACCAGCUCGAAUCGUUAGAGAACGAGAUUCGAACCCUUAGAUCUCUUUCGUCCCCAUUUGUGGUUCAGUAUCUCGGCGAUGACCUAACCCAUGAGUCCGGCAACGUCAGUUACCGGAAUCUUCUCAUGGAAUACUUAGGAGGCUGUACAGCUGCUGACGUGGCUUCCCAGUUUGGCGGAAAAGGUCUUGAGCGUGUGGUGAGGUCCUGUACUCGGUGUAUUGUAUCUGCGUUAACGUACGUGCACGGUAUGGGCUUCGUCCACUGCGAUGUCAAGGGGAAGAAUGUGUUGCUGGGUUCCGGUCCGACCCCCAGCGUCGCCGCCAAGCUGGCCGAUUUCGGGUCGGCCAAGCGGUUCUACAGUGAAAAAGAAGAGGAAGAAAACGAAAGGAUGAUAUUGCCCAGAGGGAGCCCGCUUUGGAUGGCGCCGGAGGUGAUUCGAGGGGAGAAGCAGGGGCCAGAGUCCGACGUGUGGUCACUGGGUUGUACGAUCAUCGAGAUGAUCAGAGGGAAGCCAGCUUGGGAAGAUUGCGGUGCCGAUACUCUGUGCCGGAUUGCUUUCUCUGAUGCAGUUCCGGAUUUUCCAGCUGAACUGUCGGUGCUGGGUCGUGACUUUCUCGAGAAUUGCCUGAGGAGAGAACCCAGUGAGAGGUGGACUUGCCAGCAGCUCCUCCACCAUCCUUUCGUAUCGGUAGGGGUAGUUACAGAUUCAUCUCCUCGAUCGAUACUCGAAUGGUCCACUUCAGAAUUCACCGACGACGAACACGAUGAAGAAGAAGAAGAAAGUGAUUUUGGUUUCAAUGGAUAUGGCGAUAAAACUGAUUCUCAGAAUUCAAAUUCCAAUUCAGGACGGUUAGUGAUCCCUGCGAAGGAAAUAAUUAGGGAAUUGAAUACCGGGGGAGGGGUAAUUUGGGAAUCUGACGGUUGGGAGUUGGUAAGAUCGUCGGGUUUGGUUUGUAACAGAGGAGUAGCUGAGACUGCGAGUGAUGGAGUGAACGAAGAAGUGAGACGGAGGACAAGUUUGGAAUUCUCGGAAUUGAGGAGUGUAAUUGAGGAAAAGGUUGGUAUUAGUUCAGAAGCGGGGAGGAUUGCGAGGGAACUUGAGAGUGAAGGAAGUGAGGGGACAAGCUCGGUAUAUUUGGAUUCUGUUACUGGACCUUUUACCCAUCGUUAUGUAAUUGAGAGUCAGUGGGCCCCGUCUUACGUGAGAACAUGCGCUAUGAGAGCCAAGGCCCUUUACAGUUGUACUAAAUUUGUAUUCGUAAAUUGCUUAUUAAUGAUAUUCCGGUUUUAUUUAUUAUUUAUUAUUUUUUGACUGCGUGGCAAAAACGGUGUCAGAUUGGAACGGAACCAAAACC